CAAUACCCGUGUUCAACAACCUCCUUACUUUAUCCAUCGAGAGUGACAAGGCCCAUGGUUGGCAAACGAUGCCUCUUCUGCUCGAGAGUUGUCCAAAUCUACACACUUUAGUCAUCAAGGGUCUUGUGCACAGAGUAACAAAUAGAUGCGGAGAUGCAUGUCCUUGCAGCCCUGAGGAGCAUAAGAAUAAGAAGAGUUGAAUGGUAAAGGAUGAGGAAGAAAUUUGUUGUUUAUCGACAUGUCAUGUGAAGGUGCUAGGGAUUUCAGAGUAUGGAGGUUCUUUUCAAGAGCUUAAACAGAUGAGACAUUUCUUGGGCAAGUUGGAAUGUCUUGAAACCGUGAAAGUUUGUGUUGACGCAGAAGAGAAUAACAACAACCGUGAAGUCUUGCGAGCUAAUCUGCUGUCCCUCCCAAGACUUUCAUCCAAGUGCAACAUCAUGUUCAUCUAAUUUUGCAGUGACACAGCAAUUCCAACCGUUGUCGAAACUCUAAAGACCAAUGAACCGUUCGCCAGGAACCCUUAGUCUUCCCAUGUAUGUGU